UAUAUGUGCGGAAAAGGCAUUUAAGAGCAUCAUCCAACGCUAAGUUUAUCUUUGAUGCUAAUUAAAGUGCUAACUGUUUUUGCAGAAAUGUCAGCGGUGGAGGUGGAGGCGGACUGCGGCACGGAUGUUUUGGUCAGCCUCGCCGAGUCUCUGCGUGUCUCCCCCGGGUUGCUGACCGUGGCUGCCGUGUGUGGAGGACUGUCGGGGAUAUUAGCCGCUUCCCUCCUCUACCUGUUCUGCAUGAAGCCAUUGUUGUUGACGAGACAAGUUUACAAUGCAAGAAGACUGCUCGAACCUGAUGUUGGAGAUAUGGACGACAACCAAAGUGAUGGUGUCUGCAACAGCAGAAAAGAGGCUGCAAGUGGGACCACGAAUGUCAAAGAGAAGAAGCAGACACCCAUAAACAGUGAUGUGGCUGCAUUUGCAUCCCGAGCCAAGGUGGUUUACCCCAUCAACCAGAAGUACAGACCUUUAGCAGAUGGUGCAUCUAACCCAUCACUUCAUGCGCACUCAAAGCUUCCAGCAGUUUCUAACGAGGAGUCAUCAUCCUCCGCUGAUGAAGAGUGUCCCACUCAAGAGCAGGACAACAGUGGCAGCAGCCAGUUUAUCUCCUCAGUGAUGGUCCCCAAGAGUCUGCAGAACCAGAGUUUCACCAGAGUCUCCCACUACCCCCACACACUGACACAAAUAAGCUUUCAAGGAAGAGUCAGUCUUUACUGUUUGGCCCUGCAGGAACUGCAACACCACAGCUCCCAGCUGGAGGAAGAAAAAUAUCUGAUCUUUCUACGAAUGGUGAAAACGAUAUUCAGCGGUCGUUUUCCAAAAGAUAAAAAUGAUGCAGACUUCACCAAGAACAUCGUUCAGAAGCAAGAACAGGAACUGGACAAAUUGAGGAAACAGCUGUUAAUCAAUCAAACCCAUAAUGAGACGAGUCCUGAUGCUUCCUGCUCGCUGGAAGACAUCGAGAGAUUUCAGAAAGAUCACUUUGAACGCAGCCUUCAAACAUCCAAAAGUUUCGCCAGACAAGUAGAAGAUUUGUGUCAGCUUCUACUGAAGAGGAGCAGUGUUUUCUCUCCAGAUGAUGCCCAGAAUGUCAUUUCUUCCCUCACUCAGACACUUCUGCUUGUUGAAAACCACUUGAUGAACUUACAGCAGGCUGACCUGAAGAGGACGCUGGAGAAGUUGUUGUGGUGGGAGGAGAUGACGGCGCUUGCGCACACCCAGCCUGCCUUGCUCAGGUGGGAAGUGAAUCUGAGGCAGAGUUUGAUCGCCACAACGCUGGAACAGCUGACAAGCGACAAUAUCUUGAAAUUUAGCCACAUGGAAAAGAUACUUUCAGAGAUCCAGGUCGGUCUAAGUGAAGGCCUUCAACAAAGCACUGAGGAGUGUGUGAGAAAGAUGAAGGAGCUGGUGAAUGAGAAGUGCAGCAAAAAGGAGUCUAAGAAGAAGAAGCUCCAGAGGAGCCAGAUAAAUAAGAAGAGUCGAGCUCUGGAUUCUUGCUCUGGUGACCUGCAGGAGCUCACCGCAGUUUACCAGGAGCUGUUGAUGAAACACAGAAAGCAGAUUUCAGAUUUGGAGCUGCAGCAGGACAACAAAGUGGCCGAGGCCGUCUGUGACCUUUGGAAGAAACUUUGUGGAAGUUGGUCGAAGAGGCUCGGUGAGAUAGCCAAGGAGAUCUUUCUCAGCACCGUUCCUGCUCUGACCAGUCUCACUGCUGAACGCUGUGAGGACCUGUGGCUGGAUGUGGAGCAGGAGCUGGCUGCUCAGCUGCAGCAGGCGGAGUGCACCACCAAGCAGCAGCUGGAGGACAUCAGGGCUGCGUUAAAUAAAGAUGGGCAGGUGUGGGUAGAGGAGAUGGUGCUGGUGCAGGCCUGUUUGAAACAUUUAGGUGAACAACAGAUGAAGAUCCUUCGAGCCAUGGUGGCCAGACAAAGUUACACACUCAACAGUCAAACAGGGAAGCUGUUGGAAAGGAAACACGAGCAUCUUCUGGUGCAGGUGCAGAAGUCGUUUGUGGUCAGGCACUUCUGUCUGCACAUGCUGAAGGAGAUGAGGCUGUCCAAGCUGAAGACACUCUCUCAGACUGAUUUCAGAGCUCUGCUAAUGGAAGACACUCCUAAAAGCCAGGCCGGUGCCAAUUCAGCUCUCAAGAGCAGCAGUGCCAGCCUGGCAGAGCGACAGCUGGGCCCAGGGAGCCAGCUGCUGGGAAACAACCUGCAGCAGGAGUUCCUGUCUGAGCUGGAAACGGCUACGGAGCUUCUUCAGAGCCAUGCACAGCUGGUGCUGGGCAAUGCCCUCAGCCACGCCAUCCAACACAAGAUGACGGCCACGCCCACACAGUCACACACCUCCCCUAAACAAGAUGUUGGCAUGAUCCUCCACCUGACAGAGGCUGCAGCAGAGAGCGUUUACGUGACCAAAGAUUCUCUUACAGCACUGGUUGGAAGCUACUAUUCCCAUCUUCAAGACAUAGCCAGUAAACUGGAGCAGGAUCUGUCAAAUAUAAAUCAGGAGACCAGUGAGAGGUACGACUGCAGCAGUCAGCUGAGCAAAACCUUGAUGAGAGAGCUUGAGAACUGGGGCAGGAAACCUGCUUCUGCUGAGUUUCAACAAAGGGUUGAACAAAAUAAAAAGAAGGUGCUGAAGCAGAUUGAUUUGGAUCAGGUGCUCAUGAACGAGGAGCUGAGGAGGAGAAAAGUAGCUCUUGAUCAAACAGUGGAGAGGAUCAAAACAGAAUUAAUGGAGGCGGAAGAAAGCUUCAUAACGGAGCUGGCAGCUUUGGCCCACGUCUCUGUCCACAGUCCAGAUAUCAAACCAAGUGAUGAAGAGGACCAUGUUGGUGAGCGGAGCCCUCCAACACUGGACUUGCUAGCCUUGAACCCAGCACUAGAUCCAGCCUUGAAUCCAUCUCUGACUCCAUCUUUUGUAACGCCAAAAGUGAAAUCAAAACCAAAGAAGAAAGAGCGAGAGCCUCAUCUCAGCUGA